GGCGAUCCUAACAGGGUAUCUUCAGGGGCGUCCUUAUCGUGCUGCCCGUUGAACAGAGGUUCUCCACCAGGGCAUGGGGCUUCCAGCAAAGCCUCUGGAGAUCCUUAUCCCGAAAUAGUGUUUAUAGCAUGUCAGUGUUGCAGAACCUGCAGGGUGCGUCAGCUUUUUGUUUAGUUUUGCAAACAUCCCACAGCGCUUUUCACGUGCGCGUCAGCUUGCCUCAGCGAAACAUGUCUUUCGGCCUUGUCGUUUGCAAAAGAUGUCACCAAAUGCUCUAUGCGCUGUCUUCACGCCGGUGCCGGCUUUGCACGACCGGACGGUCCUUUGUGCAAGGCGCCGUGGCCCCAGAAUCGACGAAAACAUUGGUGAGGCCAGUCUGCCGAGGAGUGGAGAUUAAGCAUCAGGCGCUUACGAAUACGGCCUAGCUGGCUUCUGCGCUGUCCCCUUUCGUCUCCACUACGCCUUGUCCAGCUCGACUUUCAUUUCGGCCUCACCUCCAGCGUCUUUACGCCGGUCGUACUUCACGAUACGAUCUCC